AUGCCGAAAGAUACUCCUUCUGCUAAGCAAAAGAAGUCUAGAUUCGACGAGGCAUUGCCGUCUCGAGACGGUAAAAAGUCGAAAAAGGGAAAGCGUCUGGAAGGUAGCCGCAUAGCCACCGACGAGGGCUGGGAAGACGAUGCUGAUCGCUGGGAGGAGCUUCAGCAGCGCAAAAAGGCCAAGGAAGCACGCAAAGCUGCUAAAGCCGAGCAGCCAGAGGUGGUGCCCAUCUUUAUUCCCGAGUACAUCAGUGCCACCGACCUGGCGCAUGCCCUCAAACAGUCUGUAAACUCCUUCAUGUCCGACAUGGAAGAGAUGGGCUUCGAAAACAUCACAGGUGACACAGUCAUGACCGGUGAGACGGCGGCGCUUGUUGCCAUGGAGUAUGGCUUCGAGCCCACAGUCGACGACGGCUCUCAGCGCGACCUGCAACCUGCGCCAAUUCCUCAGGAUACGUCUUCUCUACCGUCGCGACCCCCUGUUGUCACCAUCAUGGGACACGUUGAUCACGGCAAGACGACGCUACUCGACUAUCUACGCAAGUCGUCCGUGGCUGCGCAGGAGCACGGUGGCAUCACCCAGCAUAUUGGUGCGUUUGUAGUCAGCAUGUCUACCGGCAAGCAAAUCACGUUCCUCGACACGCCCGGUCACGCUGCGUUCCUGUCCAUGCGCCAGCGCGGCGCCAACGUCACGGACAUUGUCGUCCUCGUGGUGGCGGCCGACGACAGCGUCAAGCCGCAGACGCUCGAGGCCCUCAAGCAUGCCAGGGCGGCCAAGGUGCCCAUCAUCGUCGCCAUCAACAAGAUUGACAAGGAGGACGCGCGCGUCGACCAGGUCAAGGCCGACCUGUCGCGCCAUGGCGUAGAGAUUGAGGACUACGGCGGCGACGUGCAGGUCGUCUGCGUCAGCGGCAAGACGGGUCAGGGCAUGAGCGAGCUGGAGGAAAACAUCGUCACGCUGUCCGAGGUCCUCGAUGUGCGCGCUGAGACGCACGGUAUGGCGGACGGCUGGGUCCUCGAGUCGAGCGUCAAGCAGGAUGGCAAAGCCGCCACGGUGCUCGUCAAGCGUGGCACCCUACGCGUGGGCGACCACGUCGUCGCGGGCAAGACGUGGGCGCGCGUGCGCCUGCUUCGCAACGAAGCCGGCACCGAGAUACACGAGGCGCCGCCUGGUAUGCCCGUCGAGAUCCUCGGUUGGCGAGAGCUCCCACCGGCAGGCGAAAUGGUGCUCCAGGCGGUCGAUGAGGCCAAGGCCAAAACGGCCGUGGCUUACCGUUCGGAGAUGGCGGACCGUGAGGCCAAUUCGGCCAACAUUGCAGCGCAUGAGCAGCGGCUGCGCGAUAAAGCGGCUGCCGAUGCGCUGGCCGCUGAACGUGCGGCAUUAGGUGAGGUCGCAGAAGACGAAGCCUCGGCAGAACCCGGCAGCACCGCCGCCGCCACCCUCACACAAAGCUUCAUCGUCAAGGCCGACGUAGCGGGAUCGGUAGAGGCCGUGUCCGGCUGCAUCCUCGAGCAGGGCAACCACGAGGUGCACUCCCGCGUGCUGCGCGCAUCCGCAGGCCCUGCGACGGAGCACGAUGUAGACCUGGCGGCAGCAUCCAACAGCAUCAUCGUGAGCUUCAACGUAGCCGUGGCGCCGCACAUUCGACGACGCGCCGAGGCCGCGGGGGUGCGGGUGCUAGAGCGGACCGUCAUCUACCACGUAGUGGACGACGCGCGGGCGACGCUGGGAGCGCUUCUGCCGCCGCGCGUGACGCAGCGCAUGCAGGGCGAGGCGGACGUGCUGCAGAUUUUUGCGAUCAACGUGGCGCGGCGCGUGGUGCGCAACAUUGCGGGGUGUAGAGUGCGCAACGGAGCGUUGAAGAAGGGGAGCAAGGUCAAGGUGCUUCGCAAGGGGCAGGUCAUCUACGAGGGCACGAUUGACACGAUCAAGCACGGCAAAAAGGACGUGCAGGAGAUGGGCAAGGGCACAGAGUGCGGCGUCGGCCUGGAUGGCUUCGAGGAUCUGCGCGAGGACGACCAGCUGCAGACGUACGAGGUGAUUGAGGAGAAGCGUGAGUUGUAG